GGUUCGGCGCUCCGCUCGCUCCCCGAGUACAGCGCAACUGGUUUUUAGGAAAAGCUCCCGUUAAACGCGUCGAAGUGUCUCCACGGAGCGCGCGGUGAAACUCCACCGGAGACCGACGGCACGGACGCCCCUCUGCUUGCGUCGCGGUGACGUCACGCUCCCCCGGCGGCGCUCCUAAAGUCGGUAACGAGCGGACGGAACAGUUGAGUUCAACUAGUGCAGAGACGCCGACGGGGGUGUAACGUUAACGGCCGCUCAGACUAACGGGAAUAAUUUGGCGCCGAGCGCGAGAGGAGCGCGGGGUGGCGUUCGCGAGACUCCCGCCAUGGAUCGGAGACUUUUAACGGCUUUCCUCUUUUCCUCCGUCAUGUUCGCGAUCUCCGCCGGAGCGGCUCAAGAAUCCCAAGAAGACUGUCUCCUGGAGAAGUCCUACACAGACUGUGGCUAUAGUCAAGGCAAAGACGACGACUUCGACUGGGAGCAGAUCAACAGCAAGCAGAAGCCCUCCUCGGACCCCUGGGUGCCGUCAGACUCGGUGUUCAUGAUGGUCAACACAUCGGGCCGGGCGUCCGGUCAGCGAGCGCAGCUCUACAUGCCGCAGUUUAAAGAGAACGACACCCACUGCGUCAUCUUCCAGUACUACAGCGCCGGCCGAGAGGACUCCAGCCCCGCACAGAUCCUCAUCUACGUGAAGGAGAACAACAGUCCUCUGGGCAUCGCCGUCUGGAACUCGUCCGGUCCGGCGCUGAAGAAGUGGCAGCAGGUGGAGCUGGCCAUCAGCACCUUCUGGCCCAACUUCUACCAGCUGGUGUUUGAGGCGGUGGCGUCCGGGGAACGAGGUCUGCUGGCCGUCAGAGGGAUCUCGCGUCAGGGCCAUCAGUGCAUAAACACGCCUCACUUCCUGCACAUUAAGAGCGUGGAGGUGAACGCCAGGCAGACGGCCACCUUCCAGUGCACCAUUAACGGCCAGCCCAAAGAUCACGUCAACUACAAACUCUGGCUCCAGGGUGGACGCGAGGCUCCGAUGAAGGACACUAAGCCGGUGAACUCCAGACGCUACACGGCCACCUUCGACAUCGUCAACACCACUAAAGGAGACUCGGGCCGCUACCGCUGCAUCGUCCGGUCCGAGAGAGGAGUGGGAGUGUCCAGCUACGGAGCUCUGGUGGUCAAACAGCCUCCGAUCCCCAUCGCUCCUCCUCAGCUGACGGCGGUCGGCGCCACCUAUCUGUGGAUCCAGCUCAACGCUAACUCCAUCAACGGAGACGGGCCGAUCGUGGAGAAGGAGGUGGAGUACCGCACGCUCUCGGGGAGCCUGAUCGACAGCCAGCCCGUCGACAAACCCAACCACAAGAUCGGCCACCUGGACCCCGACACCGAGUACGAGAUCAGCGUGCUGCUCACCAGACCCAACGAGGGCGGCACCGGGGCCCCGAGGCCCCCGCUCAGGGCCCGCACCAAGUGCGCAGACCCCAUGCACGGCCCUCGUCGGCUGCAGGUGGUGGACAUUAAGUCCAAGCAGCUGACGGUGCGCUGGGAGCCGUUCGGGUAUAACGUGACGCGCUGCUACAGCUACAACCUGACGCUCCAGUACCGCUACACGGCUAACGGCAAAGAGGAGACGCGCGAGGAGACGUGCUACGACACCCUGAGCGGCGCUCCACAGCACACCAUCCGUAACCUGCCUCCCUUCACCAACGUCAGCAUCCGUCUGCUGCUGCGCAACCGUGAAGGAGUCAAAGACAGCCAGGAGCUGCUGGUGCUGACCGACGAGGACGUUCCCGGCGCCGUUCCGCAGGAGUCCAUCCAAGGCAGCACGUACGAGGAGAAGAUGGCCCUCAGAUGGAGAGAGCCGCUCCAGACGUACGGCGUCAUCAAACAGUAUGAAAUCUUCUAUAAGGCCGUGAGCUCCUUCGACCCCGAGUUCAAUCUGUCCAAUCAGAGCGGGAAGGUGCUGAAGCUCAGUAACGAGACGUCUCACGUCUUCACGGCUCUGUAUCCCGGCUCCACCUACUCCUUCACCAUCAGAGCCAGCACCGUCAAAGGAUACGGGCCCCCUGCCAUCACUCAGUUCACCACCAAGAUCUCACCUCCUCAGAUGCCGGGAUAUGAGCAGGAGACGCCUCUGAAUCAGACAGACAGCACAGUGACCGUCCUCCUGAAACCAGCUAGGAGCAGAGGAGCACCGGUCAGUGUGUAUCAGGUGGUGGUAGAAGAGGAGCGUCCUCGUCGUUCUCAGAGAGCGGCUGAGAUCCUGCGCUGUUACCCCAUUCCCAUCCACUUCCAGAAUGCCUCGCUGCUGAACUCUCAGUAUUACUUCAGCGCAGAGUUCCCAGCCGCUCGAAUCCAGACGCCGCUGACCUUCACGGUCGGAGACAACCGCACCUACGACAGCUACUGGAACCUCCCCCUGCUGCCCCACAAGAGCUACAGCGUCUACUACCAGGCAGUGAGCACGGCCAACGGGGAGACUAAGAUCGAUUGCGUCCGUGUGGCCACUAAAGCUGCCAUUAUUGUGACUCAGCUCACCACGCCGUAUGUGCGUAUCGCACCCGCUGCCGGCGACAGCCAACUAACAGGUGCCGCCACCCGGAAGCCCGAAGCCGUGGAGCCCGAGAAGCAGACGGAUCACACGGUGAAGAUCGCUGGCGUCAUCGCCGGGAUCCUGCUCUUCGUCAUCAUCUUCCUCGGCGUGGUGCUGGUCAUGAAGAAACGAAGAUCCUAUCACUCCUACACUUACUACCUGAAACUGGCGAAGAAGCGUAAGGAGACUCUGAGCAGCACGAGGCAGGAGAUGACGGUGAUGGUGAACUCCAUGGACAAGAGCUACGCCGAGCAGGGCACCAGCUGCGACGAGGCCAUCUCCUUCAUGGACACACACAACCUGAACGGACGCACUGUGUCCUCGCCGUCGUCGUUUACCAUGAAGACUAACACACUGAGCACGGCCGUGCCCAACUCCUACUAUCCAGACCCCUUCGUGCCGACCGCGAUCUUAGUGCCCAUUAAUGAUGAGAACCACACCAUGAACAGCGAGACCAGCAGCCUGGUGCAGUCGCACACUCACUCCUACAAGAAGCGCGAGGCGGUGGACGUCCCGUAUCAGACGGGUCAGCUUCACCCGGCCAUCCGCGUGGCCGAUCUUCUCCAGCACAUCACGCAGAUGAAGUGCGCCGAGGGUUACGGCUUCAAAGAGGAGUACGAGAUAAAUGAGAGCUUCUUCGAAGGACAGGCGGCGCCGUGGGACUCGGCCAAAAAAGACGAGAACAGAAUGAAGAACCGUUACGGAAACAUCAUAGCAUACGAUCACUCUCGUGUGCGGCUGCAGCCUCUGGAAGGAGAGCAGAGCUCCGACUACAUUAACGCUAACUAUGUAGAUGGCUACCAUCGACCCAAUCACUACAUCGCCACGCAAGGUCCGAUGCAGGAGACCAUCUAUGACUUCUGGAGGAUGGUGUGGCAGGAGAACACGGCAACAAUCGUCAUGGUUACCAACCUGGUUGAAGUGGGCCGGGUGAAGUGCUGUAAGUACUGGCCCGACGACACUGAGAUCUACAGAGACAUGAAGGUGACGCUCAUCGAGACCCAGCUCCUGUCUGAAUACGUCAUUCGAACCUUCGCUGUGGAAAAGCGAGGAGCUCAUGAGAUCAGGGAGAUCCGUCAGUUUCACUUCACCGGCUGGCCGGAUCACGGAGUGCCGUAUCACGCCACGGGGCUGCUGGGCUUCGUCCGCCGGGUCAAAGCCAAGAGUCCAGCCAACGCCGGGCCGAUGGUCGUCCACUGCAGCGCUGGAGCGGGACGCACCGGCUGCUUCAUCGUCAUCGACAUCAUGCUGGACAUGGCGGAGCGGGAAGGAGUCGUGGACAUUUACAACUGUGUGAGAGAACUGCGCUCCCGCAGGGUCAACAUGGUGCAGACGGAGGAGCAGUAUGUGUUUAUCCAUGAUGCCAUAUUGGAGGCGUGUCUUUGUGGCGACACCACGAUCCCAGCCAAUCAGCUUCGCUCUGUGUAUUACGACAUGAACCGCUUGGACCCGCAGACCAACUCCAGCCAGAUCAAAGAGGAGUUCAGAACAUUAAACAUGGUGACUCCGACCCUGCGGGUGGAGGACUGCAGCAUCGCUCUGCUGCCACGAAACCAUGAGAAGAACCGCUGCAUGGACGUCCUUCCUCCUGACCGCUGCCUGCCCUUCCUCAUCACCAUCGACGGAGAGAGCAGCAACUACAUCAACGCCGCGCUGAUGGAUAGCUACAAGCAGCCGUCCGCGUUCAUCGUUACCCAGCAUCCUCUGCCCAACACGGUCAAAGACUUCUGGAGGCUGGUGCUGGACUAUCACUGCACGUCCAUAGUGAUGCUGAACGACGUGGAUCCCGCGCAGCUGUGUCCGCAGUACUGGCCAGAGAAUGGCGUCCACCGGCACGGACCCAUCCAGGUGGAGUUUGUGUCCGCGGAUCUGGAGGAGGACAUCAUCAGCAGGAUCUUCCGCAUCUACAACGCGGCGCGGCCGCAAGACGGCUAUCGGAUGGUGCAGCAGUUCCAGUUCCUGGGCUGGCCGAUGUACCGCGACACCCCCGUCUCCAAGCGCUCCUUCCUCAAGCUCAUCCGACAGGUGGACAAAUGGCAGGAGGAGUACGACGGAGGAGAGGGACGCACCGUAGUACACUGUCUGAACGGCGGCGGGCGCAGCGGCACGUUCUGUGCCAUCAGUAUCGUGUGUGAGAUGUUGUGUCACCAGCACUCGGUGGACGUCUUCCACGCCGUCAAAACACUGAGAAACAACAAACCUAACAUGGUGGAUCUGCUGGAUCAGUAUAAGUUCUGCUAUGAGGUGGCACUGGAAUACUUGAAUUCUGGGUAAGGCUGUAGAGCGGAAGCGUCUGUAAAGUCCCGGACACUGAAAGCGGACGAGGCGAAGUUUCCCUGCACUCUGGACUCUCUCCACGCGCUCGCUCGCGUCUCCCGCUCCUCCACACGUCUCUGGUCUUCGUCUCGUCGCCGGACGCGAGCGUCUUCAUGUCUGUGUGGAAUGCGCAUCACGUGGAUGUUGAUUUGAUCGUGUGUGUUUUUUUUAUGAACCCCGGGCCGAAGGUGCUCGUAUUAUCGCGUCUUUCUGCCUCUCUGUGGUUGUGUUUGUGUGGAACGAUGGAAAAACUGCUGAAGCGUCCCGUCCCGAGAUCCAAAGCUUGUGUUCGUGAUCCUUUCUUUUGUUUAUACUGUAAAUAGAUGAAGUUCACCAGAUAAUUUAUUCAUUGACAAGAAUUUUGUGAAGCACACUGAGUGACAAUCAUGUUUUAAUUUGGUCAUUAUUAUCAUACAGACUCCACAUUUAAUAGUGACCAGAUUGUAUUGUUAACUUUUUAUUUAUCUGGUAUGAAAAAAGCAAACCUAUAAAUACAUAUCUAUAUCUGCCAA